UCUGUCUCUCGUCUUUUUCUCCCACAUAAAAAGGAAUGGGUUACAAUAAUUCUCCUUAAAUGAGAGAAUUAAAGGCAGUCUCUACCCUAAUCUCUCUCCUUUCUUGAAACAAGAAACCAUCGCCCAUUCCCAGAAAUCUUUUAGGCCUUUGUUCUUUAAUGCAAUCUCAGAUGUCAGGUCGUCUUGCAUUCAAUGCAAGAUUAGCCUCCAAUUAAUGCCCCCAUGAAUGUUGAUAAAUUUGUGGCCUCUAACCAUUCCUACACAUGGUGAACUAUAAAUUACAAUGCCAAACACUUGGCAGCACUACAAAAAAAGUGCAUUAAAUCUUUGAAUAUAAAAUGCAUGAACUAGUGUUACUGGGUGUCUAUAUAAGCAGUAGGGUGUGUUAGGUGAAUUUCGUACAGCUCUUUACUUCUUGUGUUUAUUUCUUCCCGAGUAAUUGUAGAUUGGAAAUAGGAGUAAAAAUGAGUAGUUAUCUUGGUGUAGGAGUGAGUCCUGGAACUGUUCCUGUUUAUCAUGGGAGCAAUUUGAAGGCAAUUGACAGGAGAGUGAGGCUCGCAGAAUUGAUUUUAAGGUGUUUGAUAUGUGGUCUAGCUAUACUUUCUGCUGUUCUUAUAGGGACAGACACUCAGGUUAAAGAGAUUUUCUCUAUUCAGAAGAAGGCUAGAUUUACAGACAUGAAAGCCUUUGUUUUCUUGGUAAUAGCCAAUGGGUUAGCUGCUGCCUAUUCACUUGUCCAAGUUUUGAGGUGUGUUUUGAGCAUGAUUAGAGGAAGUGUGCUCUUCAACAAGCCCUUAGCUUGGGUCAUUUUCUCUGGUGAUCAGAUAAUGGCCUACUUAACUCUGGCUGCAGUGGCUGCCGCUGCUCAGUCUGCUGUUUUUGGCAAAUAUGGGCAGACGGAACUUCAAUGGAUGAAGAUUUGCAACAUGUACGAGAAAUUCUGCAACCAAAUCGGGGAGGGCAUAGCAGGUGCAGUAGUUGUAAGCAUUGCUAUGGUCGUCCUCUCUGCUAUUUCUGCGUUUGGUCUGUUCCGUCUGUAUGGACACAACAAAGGCAAGAACAAUGGAAAGUGGUAAAUUAGGUUAUAUACUACCAGUUAUAUCAAGCUUUUCAGUUUCCCUUCAGACAUGGAAAUUGUGUAACUUGUUCCAUUUGUGUGAAAGAUGAUGGCCCUUUUCAUUGUAUAAUAAAAGAAGUUUGUCUAUAUGUUAGUACAUCAAAAUUAUGUAUCUUACAGAAUAAACAUAUGGGAUGUGAAUGGAUUCUGUUAAA